GAAAACCUCGAUUCUGGUAAAACUGCCGCCAAAAAGUCAGACCGCAAAAAGCACAAAAGUAAACCUAGAAAAUACUUGCCUACUGAACCUCCAAUUCAGAAUUCUCCUGGCACUUUUAAAAAUUCUCCUG